AUGCGCCUCUUCCUGAUUGUGGCUUCCUACUUGCUGCAUGCUUGCCAAGCGGACGCGAACAACCUGGUGAUGAUGUACAAGGCCAGUGAGAAGGAAUGUGGCCAAGCAUUGCUGAAGGAGUCCUGGGUGUUAUAUGCGAAGCGUUUCGCAGGCCUUCGGGUCGGCAGCUGUCCUGGGGAGGGGUACACGGUCGUCACCAAGAACAUGAACAUGAAGGUGCCAGUGGUGGGCUUUACUGUCCGAGUUCAGAUGUACAAGAAGGAUUUCCACCACGUCGGCAAG